UCUCUCCUCUCUCCUUGUGUCUCUUUCUCUUCCUUGCCAGUUGCCACUUGUCCUUUAUUAUGUCUCUAACUAGUUAUUAUUCUUAUUUUUAAGCUAUUUAUUUUUGCUCUUUUUUGUUGUGUGUGAGCUCAGAAUAACACGGAAGCCUUUUGUUUCGUCUUCUGUUGUGGUCGUAUGCAAUUCCGGAACUUACACGAAUCCCCAUGGCAACGCAAAGAGAGCCUCUUGAUCAUAAAGAAACCGAUGAUGAACCCAUUUGCACCAUCAAAGCUGAUUCUCCACUUCACAAGGUUGAAGAUUCAACUGAAAUAAGAGAAGAAAUUCCCUCUAGUUCAGACCAAAGAAGGCAAAAUCUCAUCUUACAAAUACCCCCAAGAAAUAUGGAGGUCACUGGGGAUGAUUUUGUGAGAAUAAAUAUGCCCACCAUUACAGCAAGUCCUCCUCCUAAAAGAGUAAACUUUUCUCCAAUGCCAAGCCCGAGUUUUGACAGAAUUAGCAAAUCCCCAGGCCCUUCCUCAUCAAAGACCAAAUCAUCAAACAUUAAAAAUCUCCUUCCAAAACUGAGUUUUAAGAAUAGGAAUUCCUCCUCAGAGAUUCAGAAAGCUGUGCUUCUGGCCUUGGAAGGCUCACCAGCUGAGAGACAAGAGAAGACUAUGUUGUCUAGAACAUUGUCAUUCACAAAGCUUUUCACACCCAGAUUGAAGAAUAACUCAUCGUCCUUGCCUGUAACACCUAUUGCUCAUUCGAAUCCGGAGUCGAUUCAUGGAGGAAACACGGCUAGCCUGCUGCAUUUUUCUAAAGGAAGUGGUAGGCUGCCCAUUCAUCGUUCUCAUUCUGUCCCAGUCCUUAACAAAGAAGAAGGAAGCAUAUCCAUACGUGGCAUUUUUCGUGUAAUUCCUACCACUCCACGAGUUGCUGAGAGGACAAUCAUGAAAGCACCCAACACACCACCAGAAGAUGACAGUGAUGAAAGUGAUGAUAGUGGUGAAGAUAUUCCAGAAGAGGAAGCCGUGUGCCGAAUCUGCUUGGUUGAGCUAGGGGAAGGCGGUGAUACACUUAAGAUGGAAUGCAGCUGCAAGGGUGAACUCGCCCUGGCUCACCAAGAAUGUGCCAUUAAAUGGUUCAGCAUAAAGGGUAAUAAAACAUGUGAUGUCUGCAGGCAAGAUGUUCAGAACUUGCCUGUCACACUUCUUCGGAUUCAAAAUUCCCAGGCCCUCAACUUUCGAGGUAGUAGAUCUUUACGAGCAGAGGCUAAUCAGUACAGGGUUUGGCAAGAUGUUCCGGUUCUAGUCAUCGUCAGCAUGCUUUCCUACUUUUGCUUUCUUGAGCAACUUCUGGUUAAAAAAAUGGGUUCAGGUGCAAUUGCCGUAUCUCUUCCAUUCUCCUGUGUAAUGGGACUUUUGGCAUCCAUAACAGCAACCACAAUGGUGAGGAGAAAAUAUGUCUGGAUUUAUGCAAGUGUUCAAUUUGCAUUAGUGGCUCUCUCAGCUCACCUUCUCUAUUCAUUGCUUCACAUGCAGGGCGUUCUGUCUGUUCUGCUAGCCACUUUCACUGGUUUUGGGGUUACAAUGUGUGGAAAUUCAAUCCUUGUUGAGGUGUUGAAAUGGAGAAGAAGAUGUCUAGCUCGGGUGAAUCAAACGCGCGGUUCUCAAGAAGGGACGGAACCAAAUCAACCGCCUGCAAACUUGGAACAAGCAGAGACGUAUCCCGAACCCCGUGAAAGCAACCAAGGAGAUUCAGAUGCUAUCCGUGGCAAUUGAUUGGCUUGCUUUUUAUUUGCUUUCCACAUUCAUUACUGUCAAUUCACAGUAGCAAAACAAGAGUAAGCUCUUCUGUAACGAAAACCAUUUAACGUUGGUUGUGUUGGAACUAAAUUUUGUGCAUUUGUUGGCUUGCUUAUGAAGUGGUCUUGUCUACUCUCUCUCUCUCUCUCUCUCUCUCUCUCUCUCUCUCUGCAUUGGAAUUGGGAGGAGCCUAGUGGAAAAUCUCAUGUACUCGUAUUACAGGUCUUAGAUGCAGCAGUAGCGUUCAUUAAAUUGUAAAUAGUGUCCAUAAUUCAUCAACACACUUAUA